AUCCAAACUUUGUAUUAUUUAAUAAGUUUCCUCCCCACCUCAUGUCCAUUGGACCAAAGAACAAUCUUGACGAUGUACUGAAGAAGCGAGGUAGCAUCUCUGAUCCCAAUACACUGUCUUCGCUCCCGGUACUGGUACCAAAGGCCAAAUCCAAAUUUAAACCCUCGACCAACGCAACUCCGUCUUCCAGCACAGCGGCGUUGGGGCAUAAUGCCCUCCCAUCCUUUCGCACCCCAGGUUUCGGAAAGCCGAAGGCGCGCAAAUCAGAACCAGAAACGUCUACAGCUCGUGAAGUAAUUGACCUAUCUUGCUCUUCGCCAAGUCCGCGCUCGAAGCGUCAACUGGAAACACAACAUAUAACUGACGCCUUCCCCUCUAAACGACGUAGAAGUGGCCUCUUUGACGACAAAGAGAAUUUGUCGUUUAUCAAUGGCGACAUAAAUGGGAAGGGGAAAGCAAAAGAAAUGGAUGAUGUGGAAGGAUUGGUCGACGUUUGUUCCAAAGAGUCCACCGAACGUGCUUCUCUCACAAAGAGAGAUUUGUACGAUCCUUUUGACCAACUGGAUAUCGAUUUUCCUUCAUUUAAACGUAAUCCUCGUCUGAACCAGCACCCUCAGCACCCUACUCAAGAUCACAAGGAUUUGGAAUCGAAAAGCGUUGCUGACCUUCGCGGGCUUCUUGAAUUCGUCCUUUCUCUGCAACAUACCAACAACUGUUCGAUUGAACAGUAUCGAAAGUCACGGAACUCAAGAGUGGAUAUUGUCACUUUGGAGGGUAUCGAGACACUGUUUAGCAGCAGAAUCAAUGCCAUACGUCAAAUUCUGGAAUCUAAGGAGGGCACUUAUUGUGACCCAUGCUUGGUUACAUCGCCUUAUUUCGAUGGCAUCCACAACUCAAGCUCUGUGUCCAUAGCUUCGUCCGAAACCUUAAAUGGAUUGUCCAGCGACCAUAACCGAUCUUCCUCUGAUCCCAUCCUCGAUUCCUUUGAGGACGACAUAGAGGAGUCGGAUUACCAGACUGGUCCAAACAGCGAUGAUUUCUACUGGCCAGAAGACGACAUGGACUACGAGGCCCCUGAACUAAGCGCCGUGCUCGAUGCUUCGUUCUCUGAUGUAAAUAAAUCUCUCGCCGAAGUCCCAAUGUCAAGGGAAGAAACGCCGGACCAUACGGCUUUCGCGAAUCACCCUUUCUAUAAGGAAAUAAUGCGGAAUCUACAACGCGUCUUCCGAUUAAAGAAUUUCCGACAGAAUCAAUUGGAAGCGAUACUCGCAGCUAUGGCAGGCCGUGACGUGUUUGUUCUCAUGCCUACCGGAGGUGGUAAAAGUCUAUGCUAUCAGCUUCCUGCGGUCUGUAAUGGCGGAUCAACCAAAGGUGUUACUAUCGUCAUCUCGCCGCUGCUGUCUCUCAUGACCAACCAGGUCGAUGCCUUGAAGACAAAAGAUGUGGACGUUUUGGUUUGGAACUCGGAAACGGUCGAUCAUGGAGAGAUAAUGAGACGACUACGAGGAUAUCCGAAACCUAGUCUUCUCUACGUGUCACCUGAAAAGGUCAAAGACAGCGGGGCUCUCAAAUCUAUAUUUGCUGAUCUUUAUCGAGCGGGAGACUUGGCACGGUUUGUCGUGGACGAGGCACAUUGUAUCUCCACAUGGGGACAUGAUUUCCGAGAAGCAUAUCAGUGUCUCGACUCCCUUCGCGAGACCUAUCCCAGGGUCCCAAUAAUGGCUCUCACUGCAACGGCCAAUCAAACCAUGGUCGACGAUAUCAUGAAACGACUGAAGCUCAAAAACUGUGCUUUCUUCCAACAAUCUUUCAACCGCGUGAAUCUCAACUACCUUAUCCUUGACAAAAAAGCAAAAAUUUUGGAUGACAUCUACAGCUUCAUUAAUACCAAGCAUCGAGGAGAGACUGGUAUCAUCUAUUGUCUUGGUCGAGACAAGUGCGAGAAAGUUGCAGGACAGUUACGACAGAAAGGCUUGAAAGCAAGACAUUUCCAUGCUCAAAUGAGUACCACAGACAAAGAGCAGGUUUUGCAAGAAUGGCAGUCUGACCGUAUCCAGAUAGUGGUUGCCACAGUUGCUUUUGGAAUGGGCAUAGACAAAGCAAACGUACGGUUUGUGAUCCACCAUGAUCUUCCAAAAUCUCUUGACGGCUAUUAUCAAGAGACUGGUCGAGCGGGUCGUGAUCAAAAACCUGCCGAUUGUCUGUUAUUCUACUCGUAUCGUGAUUACAAGGUGAUUGUAAAGAUGAUCAAUAACCCAAGGAAUGGCGAUUCUUCAGAACUUGCUAGUCCUGAAGCUCGAGAACGGCAGGAAUUACAGGCCAGAAUCGUCAUGCAAUAUUGUUUGAACGUAUCCGAUUGUCGUCGUGUGCAGCUCCUCCAAUUUUUCGGCGAGAAAUUUGAACGUCGUAACUGUCAUCAGUUUUGCGACAAUUGUCGUCACGCUGUGGAAAUGGUUGAGCAGGAUUUAACAGAGGAGGCCAAAGCUAUCGUUAGUCUUGUGCAACAUUUCCAUUCCAUCACCACACAGCUUGUUACCCUCGACCAAUGCCGAACUAUUUUCAGGGGAGCAGAUACCAGCUUCAUUCGUGAACGCAAUUACAAUCGCCUCCCCCAGUAUGGUGCCGGAAAGCAUCUCGAUGGUGAACUCCAUGAGCAGUUAUUCAAGAGACUUUGCUUUCUAGAAGGUCUUGAUGAGGUUUCCAUGCAGGGUAAUGGUGGAUGGCAUGUGUAUUAUCUUAAGCCCGGCAAACGAGCAGAUGAGAUAUCCAGUGGACGAGAGAAAGUCAAGCUAUUCUACCGUCCGAAAGCCUCGAAGGUCAUCAAGGCAUCGUCCUCUAGUGUCGCGAAGACUCGCAAGGGGAAAGGCGGCAAAGUAUAGAAAUAAACCAUUUUGUUCAGACAUCUACAUAUUGUACACUGUAUCAUGUUGCAUAUUCUUAUUACCUCGUAUAAUACAACAUUUGGAUUUGGCAUGCUUGCCACUGCUUUCCGUGGUCAGAUGUGAGGUGUCAAAGACUCAUAGAACUAGAAUUUCCAACAUAAGAUAUCGUAGUUUUCAUGAAUGACAUGUUCCCCUCCAGCAAAGGAAACAUUACAA